UAUUUGUUCAUUCGAAAAAAGAUUCAUACUGUGAAGCUAAUUUUGCUCACUUUCCGAACAGCCGCCGCUCCCUACCAUGUGCUAACUCAUGUGUUGUUUCUCCUUCUGCUCUUUCCUGUCAUGGGUGUAUGAAUUUCGACAGUAUCAAACCACAGCACAGCCCUGUCAACCGACAAGUACGAGAGGAAGUUUGGAGCUUGAGUGAAACACUGGUGAGAGAUCUUAGGGGUGAAGCGCUGACCUUCAUCGCUCUAAUUUUCGAAAUGUAUCAACGUGUUGCUGUCCUUCUGCAGAUUUUGUUGCUGUUAAGAAGAGGUGCCCAUUCUGAGAAGGAGGAAUGCCUCAAGACAAUUGUCAAUUCAUGUGCAGAUUGCAUCAGAUCUGGCCCGUUCUGUAUGUGGUGCAAACAACCGAACUUCACCAAGACCGGCGAGCCAGAUGCAACGCGUUGCGACACCUGGUCUCUGCUGGCGGAGAAAGGCUGCCUCGAAUCCAAUAUUAUUUCACCCAAAAGCCACCAUAUCCCAGUUGAGGACAGGCCCCUGUCAAAGGCCACGCCUUCUCAGCAGCCUGUCCAGCUCCGCCCACAGGAGGUGAAGCUUGCACUUAGACCUGGCCUGCCAUACACCUUCCAGUUCAACUUCAAACGGGCUGAAGACUACCCAGUGGACCUUUAUUACCUGAUGGACCUGUCUUACUCUAUGAAAGACGAUUUGUUGAAGGUGAAGCGGCUGGGGAGAGACUUAUGGACAGCUCUGGGGAAAACCACCUCUCGAGCCCGCAUAGGCUUCGGUGCAUUCGUGGAUAAGACGGUCCUGCCCUUUACAGACACCAACCAGAAGAAGCUGAAGAAGCCCUGCCCAGAGGAAGAGCAGUACUGCCAGCCGCCAUUCGGCUACCGGCAUGUGCUGAACUUGACAGACAAAUAUGAUCUUUUCAACGAGAUGGUGGCCUCUCAGCACAUCUCAGGAAAUCUGGACCCACCUGAGGGGAGCUUAGAUGCCAUCAUGCAGGCAGCUGUCUGUGGGGAUAAAAUCGGCUGGGGGAACAGCACUCGUCUCCUUGUCCUCACCACAGAUGCUGGUUUCCACAUGGCUGGGGAUGGGAAACUGGGCUCUAUUCUUUUACCCAAUGACUGUGAAUGUCACCUGGAUGAAAAUUUGAUGUACAGCAAAAGCAACAAACUGGACUACCCUUCUGUGGGACAAGUGGCACGCAAGUUAGCAGAGAACAACAUCCAGCCCAUCUUUGCUGUGACUAGUAACAUGGAGCAGAUUUACAGGAAACUGAAAGAGAUCAUUCCCAAGUCUGAGGUCGGUGUGCUAUCAGACGAUUCAAGCAACGUUGUGACCCUUAUUGAAAAUGCAUACAAGAGUCUAUCUUCCAAUGUGAUUGUGACACACGAGGCACUGCCGCAACACGUCACCGUCACAUACACAUCAAACUGCGCCAACGGACACCAGCCGAGCCCCCAAGGCACUUGUGACAACGUGGGGCUUGAUAAGGAGGUGGAAUUUAAUGUGACGGUGACGGCUAAGCAGUGCAUAGAUGAGACGUCUUUUCUCAUUGGAGCUCUGGGCUUCACGGAGAAGAUGAAAGUUAGCUUGACUACUCAAUGCAACUGCGAAUGUGACGAACCCAAGAACGCUAGCCACCCGGGUUGCAAUGGACACGGCCAGAUCGUGUGUGGCAUGUGCAGUUGCAAUGCAGGCUACCUGGGUCAGAGGUGCGAGUGCCAUGUCGGAGACAAGGAUGAGAGCCACCUGAGGGCGGCGUGUCAGAAGGACAAUGGGACAGAGUGCUCAGGGCUGGGGGAGUGUGUGUGUGGAGUCUGCCAGUGCCACACCAGUGAGGACGGCAAGACCAUCUACGGAAAGUACUGCGAGUGCGAUGACAAGAGCUGCGAGGUGCACCACAACAAGCUGUGUGGAGGCCAUGGGAAGUGUGACUGCGGAACGUGCAAGUGUGACCAGGGUUACCAGGGCAGCGCAUGUCAGUGCGAGAAAUCCACCAAAAGCUGUACGCCCACUAAUGCCAGCCAGGUGUGCUAUGGCAGGGGCGACUGCCUGUGCAACAUGUGCCAGUGUAAGGAGGGGUACAAGCCGCCCUUCUGCAAGGAAUGCCCUGGAUGUCCGUCACCUUGUGCGGCGGCUGCGAGCUGUAUUGAGUGUCUGGGAUUUCAGACUGGCCCCCUCAGUAAGAACUGCAGUGAGUCUUGUUCACAUAUACAGCACAAAAUGGUGGACAAGCUGAUGAAGAGACACACCUCUAAGAAGCAUUGCAAAGAAAGAGAUGUGGAAAACUGCUGGAUGGUCUUCACCAUGGAAGAGCAGGAUGGUUUUAACAGCUACAUGGCUGAGAUCCAGACAGAAAGAGAAUGUCCUGAGCCACCAAACGUUGCCAGAAUUAUUGGGGGUGCCUUCAUGGGCGUGGCUCUGGUCGGCAUCAUCAUUCUUGCCAUCAUCAAAGCAAUUAUUUACAUGCGCGACCGAAAAGAAUACAAAAAAUUUUUAAAAGAGCAACAGAAAUCAAGGUGGAAAAAUGCUAAUCCUUUGUUCAGUGCUGCCACGACCACAGUACAGAACCCCUUCUUCAGUGGCGAGUAAUCUAGACAAGAGUAUUGGUGUCAUGUUUGUUACUGUGUCACAGCAGUCCUUGGUUACUCUUACUGUAUAUUUCGCAAUAAAAAGUAUGUUUUUUCAGUUAUUCAUAAGAUGGUAUUCCAGCCAGGUAACUAUAGCAGCAAGUGUAAAGUAAAGUAAAUUGUAAAUUGCAAAGUAAAUUGCACUGCAGGUUCUUGUUUCUUGAAUGCUGUCAUUUUUGUAAAGUGUUGAAUUAUAGCAUACAAUUUAUAACAUAAUAUUUAUGAAUAAACUCA